AUGGUGUGCAUCCGCAAGGCGACGAUGGACGAUCUCCUCGCGAUGCAAGCCUGCAACCUCCUCUGCCUCCCGGAGAACUACCAGAUGAAGUACUACUUCUACCACAUCCUCUCAUGGCCGCAGCUCCUCUUCGUUGGGGAGGAGUCGUCGGAGCCCUGCCAUGGCCACAUCACCUCGCUCGCCGUCCUCCGAUCGCACCGCAAGCUCGGCCUGGCCACGAAGCUCAUGACGGCGGCGCAGAACGCCAUGGAAGGGGUUUUUGGUGCUGAGUAUGUGUCGCUUCACGUGAGGAGGAGCAACAGGGCGGCAUUCAAUUUGUAUGCUAAUACGCUUGGUUACAAGAUCAAUGAUGUGGAGGCGAAGUAUUAUGCGGAUGGGGAGGAUGCGUAUGAUAUGAGGAAGCAGCUGAGGGGAAAGGAGAUCAGGAUGGAGCAGCUUGGGCACGGGCAUGGCCAUGGCCAUCAUCAUCAUCAUCAUCAUCAUGGAGGUGGGUGUUGCUCCGGGGAGGCUGUGAAGACGGGCGGAGAGCAGAAGUCACGAUCUUGAGGUUUGUUUUUCAUGGGUUUCUGGGUAUGGACAAUUAUGUCAUAUGUUAUGGAUAUUUUGUUGCUAUAGCAGAUGUUAUUUUCUUUGUUAUGUAGCUGUAUUGUGCAAUGGCGAAACAUGUUGCUUUAAGAAGCUUGAGAUUUUGUCUUGAUAAGAUUGAUUAUUGAGGGGUUUUGGUUUGAUUAGUGGUUU